AUGUUCUCAAGUGAACUUUCAGUUGGUUCUAAUGCGGAACAAUAUCCAAUGUUGAUUGGGAUCAUGCCACGUCGUAUACAGAAACGGGAUGAUCCAUUAAUGUCUGAAUAUAAUGUCAACAUAUUGUUGCAAGGUGAUACUUUGAUGAGAACUCUAGAAAAAUCAAGUCGAGACAAUAUACUCAAUGAAUUGGCUAUUUACAAAGAACGAUUUGAUCACAAUGAACAAACUUUAAUAAAUUUUUCAGGUAAUGAUGAACUUAACAAGCCAUAUGAUCUUGCAUUCAGCAGCAAAAAUCAAUAUUUUUAUGUAGCAAAUUAUGAAAAUGGUCGUAUUCAAUGCUAUUUAGUUAAUAGUGGUGAUAAUCGUGCCAGUGUAACAGUAAUGAAAUUGAAUGAUAGCACCGCCCUCGUUCACUGGAAUGUUAUUGACAAAAUAAACAAACCAGGAUCAGUAUUUGUCGAUAGAAAUGAUAACAUAUUUGUUUGUGAAACACAUCUCUCACGUCAUUUACUAAAAUUAUUAUCAAAUGGAACAUUAUCAACAGUGAUUGAAUUGAAAGAUAACAUUUUUGAGUCUUGUUCGGGAAUAAAUAUUGAUAAAAAUGGAAAAAAUGGUGAAAUAGUGGCUGGUGAUAAUAGUUUUGGUCAAGCAUCAAAUCAAUUACUUCAUCCAAAGGAUAUUUUUGUUGCCGAGAAAAUCGGCCAUAUUUACGUUACUGAUUAUAUCAAUCAACGUAUUCAAUGUUUGUCACCUAUGCAAAAUCAUGUUGUUCGUUGGUCAGCAGGUGCGAAACAAGUUGAAAUUAUUGUUGGUGGUGACAACAAUAGUGGUCAACUAAUUGAACUCUCUCGUGUGGGUAGAAUGAGAUUCGAUGCAGAUGCAAAUCUAUAUGUUACAGACCUUCACAAAGAUCAAAUUCGAAAGUUUUUGAUUGAUAAUUAA